AUGGGCGGAGGAGCAGGGCUGCUACAUCAGCGAAAAGUUGAGCUGGGAACGAGGGGUGCCGCUGAACAAGGGGAUGCGAUACGAGGAAUCUGGGCAUUGGAGCAAGUGGAGGAGGGAGAGGUGGUGAUGAGACUAGCGAAUUCCGCUUCAUUUCGGAUCUCAGGCGACUUUAUACGACAGUCCUCGAGCUUAGCCGAGGGGGUUCAGGCGCUGGAAGCAAGCGAGGGAAGGCUUGCUGACGACCUGCUCCUGACCCUCUACCUCGCUAGCUCGAGAAAGAAAGAGGGUUCGUUCCCUUUCUCGGAAUACGUUCGCUCGCUGCCCCUUGAGAAGCCGGACCUUCCCAUCUUCUGGGACUCAGCAGAGCUGCAGACGCUGCCGAGGAUGACGAUGACGCUGGUGGAGGCGAUGAGAGAGGAGUACGAGGACUACUCGAGCAAGAUCCGCAAGGUAACGGAAGCCCUCCAGGUGCAGGUGGACGAUGAGGACGUCAAGUGGGGGUACGCGAUGGUGAAAUCCCGAGCGCUGAGGGAGAAGGUGGUGAAAGGAAGCUCAGGGCAGGAUGUGCCUGAGACGUUGGAGCGAUACUGCUUCCCGCUCGCCGACAUGUUCAAUCAUGAGCCUUCGGCUGUGCCUCCCCCAGCAAGCGACCUGCUGCGGCAGGCGGACGUACACAGGGGCCCUUCAGUUCGCGGCUCGGUGGUGGGCGAUCACUUUGAGUUCACAGCCACUCGAGCCAUCCCAGCUGGCAGUGAAGUCAGCUGGACUUAUGGCCAACUGACGAAUGAGGAGCUCCUCUUGCGCUACGGCUUCGUCCCCUCUCCUCCGUUGCACGGAGACUCGAGGAUCGGGUUCUCCCUCCCCUCGUCGAUCUUCGAGACCUCUCUACAGUCGCUCAGCAAGGACCGAGCUGGGGUGACGAAGGAGUUGAUGGAGAGGAAGCGAUCACUGCUUCAACAGCUGGAGGUCAUCGAGACUGGCGAUCUCAAGUUCGAUAUCAACCUCGGGGCUGAGCCGAUGCUUAUCCGCAAGGAAGGCCUGCCGGUUCCGAUGAUGCUGGUAUCAAAGAUCAUGUGCUUGUGCUCUGGCGAGGAGCUCGCAACAGUCUGCCUGUCGACAUCCGACGAGGCAUGUGGGAGAAUAGACAUUGACAAUGAGAUAAGAGCGGUGUACGAGCAGAUGUUUGGAGGAGACGCCGGCAAGCAGACUCCUCCACCUGACUUGUCUAGGCGUGCGCGGAUGGCUGAAGAAGUGCAACGAGAGGAGAGGCGGGUGCUGGCAACUGCGGUCAAGCUGAUGGAGAUCAAGUCGCAAGAGCUUGAGCAAGAGCUGGGGUCGAGCAAGGCAAGCUCGGCUGGCGCUGGCCCGAAGAGAGGGUUCGGGCAAGGGCAGCAGGCGAGCAAGAAGAUCAAGAAGAAGAACCGGCAGUGA